AAACAAUUUCUAACAGUCAACGAAGAAAGAAGGAAGAUGGAAUAAUAGCCUCACGCCUUCUUCACCUCCCACCUUCUCCAUCAUUCCACAGCUAAUUCAAUGGAAGAAACCAUCUCCUCUCCCACCACUCCGAUCCACAUCUUCUCCACUUUACUUUCCCCAUUCAACGACACCGAUUCCAAUUCCAAUUCCAAUUCCUCCAUGACAAAAAAGCCCUUGAGCUUGUGGCCAGGAAUGUACCAUUCACCCGUCACGAUUGCUCUUUGGGAGACCAGAUCCAAAACCUUCGAGAGGCUUCUCGAUCCCCCACUCGAUGCCCCCCCUCAGAGUGAAUUGCUCACCAAAACCCCUUCGCGCAGCAGAAUGACUAUUCUCUACAACUUCUCCACCGAUUUCAUUUUGAGGGAGCAGUAUAGGGAUCCUUGCAAUGAGGUCAGGAUUGGGAAGCUGCUUGAGGAUCUCGAUGCUUUGGCCGGCACCAUUUCUGUCAAGCACUGCGCAGACGAUGACAGCACUACUAGACCGCUGUAUCUGGUUACUGCCUCCGUCGACAAGAUGGUGCUGAAGAAGCCGAUAAGUGUUGAUAUUGAUUUGCGUAUUUCCGGUGCAGUUACCUGGGUUGGCCGAUCCUCUAUCGAGAUUCAGCUAGAUGUUACACAGCCUCCUACUCAGUCAGCUGAAGCGACUGAUUCGGUCGUUCUCACUGCCACAUUCAUUUUUGUGGCUCGUGACUACAAGACACGCGCAGCUGCUCCGGUGAACCGGCUGACUCCAGAGACAGAACGCGAGAAGUCACUUUACGAAGCAGCUGAAGCAAGAAAUAAGCUGAGAAAGAGCAAGAUCAAAGGCCACGAGAAGGCAAUUGAGAAUGGAGGGAUUAAUAGAGUUGCAGCAUUACUAGCCGAAGGGCGGAUCUUCUGCGACAUGCCUGCCUUGGCAGAUAGAGAUAGCAUUCUUCUUAGAGAAACUCGACUGGAGAACUCCUUGAUCUGCCAGCCACAGCAAAGGAACAUUCAUGGCCGCAUAUUUGGAGGGUUUCUUAUGCAUAGAGCAUUUGAGCUAGCCUUUUCAACGGCUUAUGUUUUUGCAGGAAUGAUGCCAUCCUUUCUCGAGGUUGAUCAUGUUGAUUUUCUUAGACCGGUGGAUGUUGGAGACUUUUUGCGGUUCAAGUCUUGUGUGUUGUACACAGAAAGUGAGAGUUCGGAUCAGCCCUUAAUCAAUGUGGAAGUCGUGGCACACGUUACGAGGCCAGAGUUAAGGUCUAGUGAGGUGUCGAAUAGGUUUUACUUCACAUUCACCGUUAGACACGAGGCAAAGGCUAAGAACAAUGGAGUUAGGAUCAGAAAAGUGGUUCCUGCAACAGAGGAAGAAGCACGCAGAAUCAUUGAGCGCAUCGAUGCUGAUUCUUUGGAUUCGUGAUUUAAUCAAAAAAUCAUACAAAUGGUUCUGCGUUACUACAAUAGGGAAUAUAGUUGCAUCUUUAGAUGUUUCAUCUCUAUGUAAUACUCCUAGCAUGUUUCAGUUUAUUCACUGAAAGAAAGGACAUCAGUUUCAUGCUACUGUAAUAAAAUAAUUAUUAUAGACGUA